AUGACUUCAGCCUCAUCCUUCUUCAUCCCCACUGAAGAAUACCACAGUUGUAUUAUAUAUUUGAAGAUCUUGAAGCUCAGUGGUCCUUCCGGCGGCUCCUUGAGACAGGUUCCUGAAGAGAGCGAUCAAUGCAGCGACUAUCUUGUUAAACUGGAUAAUGCGGUCAUGUCGAAGCGACGCCCACAGUUAAACUAUUUGCACAGUCUUGUAGGCAUGGCACUCGCCAAGCUUCUGUCAACCGUUGCAGCCAUCAAUCUCUUGCUCUCUUCUGACCUUCUCGUGGUCAGCUCCAUCAAUCGAGAGUUCUCUGGAUACCUUGGGUCAGGGCUUUGGAGGGUCAAUGCGGAACUGCGCUGUGGAGCCCUUCGAGCAGCAAAGCAUGAACUAUGGGUUCCUCUUGAAAGUUCCAUUGCACCGCUCUUGCAUCCACAUCUCGGCCCUGCAAUAUCUACACUUGACCAUAUGCCCAAGCUCUGCGCGCCUGUUAAGAAGGGUUAG